AUGGCGCUAGCGAACGCACGGCUUGGUGUCCUCAUCGUGGCGGCGAUGUUAUCCGCCAGCUUCCUACCGCUGGCGACGGCUAGAGGGAGGGGCGGCCCCAUCAACCCGCUGGUUGCCGGCGUAUGCGCGCAUACACCGUUCCCCGAGCUGUGCAAGGGCACGGCUGGGAAACACGCGGACAAGUACCCGACCAUCGACAAUCUGGCAGUGCUUAACAUGCAGGUUGACGCGUUUGCCAAGCGAACGGCGCAGGCCCGGAAGUUCGUCUCAAGCGCGUCCCGCAAGGGGACACCGGCGCAGACCCAGGCGCUGAGCUUCUGCGACACCAUGUACAUGAACACCCAGGACACCAUCGGCGCGGCGCAGCGGGCCAUCACCUUCAAAGACAAGGGCACGGCCAAGAUCAUGCUGCAGCUCGCCGUGCAAGACUUCCAGUCGUGCGACCGGCCGUUCCAGCAGUCCGGGAUACCAAACCCAAUGCUCAAGUACGACGAAGAGCUCAGCCAGAUGGCCAAUAAUUGCAUGCAACUGGCCAACAUGAUGUGA